AAUUCUACAUAUUUAUGCAGCUAAAGGUAUGAGGGCGUAUACAUUGGCAGCUGCAGAGCGCAUGAAAUUGCUGAGAAGACUUGAUGUCAAGGAACACAGAGGAAAGACUCCUCUGCUGGUGGCUGUCACUGCCAGGCAGCCAGCUAUUGUCUAUGAUUUGAUCCAGACAGGAGCGGAUGUCAAUGCUGUAGACAACAAAGGGCAGUCAGCUUUACAUCUUGCUGCAACAUAUGGCUAUGCCCAAGUUCUUCAGGUUAUACUGUCAAUAGGUUUCCCUCUUGAUUUAGAAAUGAAGGAUUUUGAAGGGCAUACCCCACUCCACUGUGCUGUUCUGGCCCACAAUGCCCUGCUCCGGGAGCAGGGUUGCCAGAUGUUGACCGAGGAACAGCAGAAAAAGCUUCAGCACCAGAGUGGAGAGCUGGAGUCCUGUAUCCACCUCCUAGUUCAAACAGGAGCCUCCAUCUACAGCAGGGAUGUGAAAAGCAACAAGACAGUUCUUCAUUAUACAGUGCAGGAUGGGAACCUCUCCCUGCUCAGAUACUUCUUGGAGUUGAAUGCUUUCAAGUCCAAGGACUUUGUCAACAACAAGGCACAUGGCAACACAGCUCUGCAUAUGGCAGCCGCGCUGCCUCGUGACAAGAACCAGAAAGAAAUUGUUCAGUUACUCCUUGACCACGGGGCAGACCCAAGCAUCCGAAAUUUGGACAACGAUCAGCCAAUCCACAUGGCUCCUUCUGGAAAAGCUGGGGAUCAGGUUAGGCAUUUGCUGAAGAAAGGAAAAGUUGCAUCUGCAUUCAUUUCCUGCCACCAAAAUGCCAGAUCCUAG